AUGUAUGCAUGUGUUUCUCUCCCAUCCCCCCCUCCCCCUCCCCAACACAUACCCACACGCCCGCACGCACACGCGCACACACGCCCACACAGAUCAUGUGGCGACACCUCCCAGGAAGCCAUCAUCAACGCCACGUUGGACGGCCGUGACGUGUUCGUGUUGAUGCCCACGGGCGGGGGCAAGAGCCUGUGCUACCAGCUGCCCGCGCUGAUGAGCGACAGCGGGGUGACGGUGGUGGUGUCGCCGCUGGUGUCGCUGAUACAGGACCAGAUCCACCACCUUCGCGAGGCGGGUAUCGGCACGGCCCACCUGGGGGGCAGCCAGGAGUGGAGCGAGGCGGCGGGGGUAAUGGAAAGUAUUCGUUCCGGCGCCAGCGACGUGCGGUUGCUGUUCGUGACCCCGGAGAAGGUGGCUCGCAGUGACGCCCUCGUCCGGUUGCUGGACGGGCUGGUGGCGGCGGGGAGGCUGGAUCGCUGCGUGGUGGACGAGGCUCACUGCGUGAGUCAGUGGGGCCACGACUUCCGCCCUGACUACCGGGAGCUGGCGGUGUUCAAGAGCAAGUGGCCGCGGGUGCCGCUGCUGGCGCUCACGGCGACGGCCACCCCCCGGGUGCAGGCUGAUGUACGGCUGCAGCUCCGUAUUCCCGACUGUGUCGUAUUCAAGAGCUCCUUCAACCGCCCCAACCUCAGAUACGAGGUCGUUCGUAAGAGCAAAGCCAUUGUGGAGGAUCUGAAGACGUUGCUGUUGGAGCGGUUUGUGGACCGCGUGAAGAAGCGAGUGCAGUGCGGCAUUGUGUAUUGUCAGAGCCGGGGGGAGUGCGAGCGGGUGGCGGAGGAGCUCCGGAAGGUCCGGCAACCCAACGGGAGAAUGCUCAAUGCGGCCCACUACCACGCCGCCCUCAGUCACGAUGAGAGGGAGCAGGUGCAAACCCGCUGGAGCAAUGACGAAGUGCAGGUCAUUGUGGCUACCAUUGCCUUUGGUAUGGGGAUCAACAAGCCUGAUGUGCGCUUCGUCAUCCACUUCUCGCUCCCCAAGAGCCUGGAGGGCUACCACCAGGAGACUGGCCGGGGGGGCCGUGACGGCGCGGAGGCGAUUUGCCUGCUGUACUACAACUACGGCGAUGCACAAAAGGCACGGCACAUGCUGACCACCUCGGCGCAGUGCGGGAGCUGUACGACCCCUGGUGGUGUGUUUUGGACCCGGGUGUGCAAUCUAGAUCAUUUCCUUUUGAGUGCCGUACCUUUUAAAGCGCGAAUUAUAAUGUUCGCUGAGGAGCAGGUGGAGUGUCGCCGGGUGUUGCUGAUGCAGCACUUCGGGGAGGCCUUCGACCCGUCGCAGUGCCGGGGGACGUGCGACAACUGCAAACACCGGCAGUCUCACGAUCUGACCUCCAUGGCCGUACAACUCGUGGACCUGAUUCGGUCAGCCGGUCAGAAGUGGAGCGCGUCGCAUGUGGUGGACGUGUUUAGGGGCUCACAAGCUAAGGAGAUUAAAGCGGCGGGGCACACCGAGCUGCCUCUCCACGGAGCGGGGAAGUCCCUGCAAAAGGUACGGAAGGGUUCUAAAUACAUGUACAUGUAUAUGUACGACAUUGUAGGCCGUUCUCCGACUCGUAUCCGAACUCCUCCGUCUUAA